AAGUGCAUUGUAAUAAACCCUAUAGCAGCAUAUUUAGCAUUUAGCAGCAGCACCCUCUCUUCGAGUUUCCAAUGGCGGCCAUAACCCGCCUCGUAAAGCGCGUCUCCUCCGCGGCGCCUACUUUCUCAUCUCACGCGCCGCCGCUCAAGGAGAGGAACGUGCAGUGGGUGUUCCUCGGCUGCCCCGGCGUCGGAAAAGGCACCUAUGCCAGCCGCCUCUGCACCCUCCUCGGCGUCCCUCACAUCGCCACCGGCGAUCUCGUCCGCCACGAGCUCUCCUCCAACGGUCCCCUUUCUUCUCAGCUAUCAGAAAUUGUUAAUCAAGGUAAAUUGGUGUCAGAUGAAAUCAUCAUAAAUUUAUUGUCAAAGAGGCUGGCUGAUGGGGAAGCUAAAGGUGAAUCGGGAUUUAUUCUUGAUGGUUUUCCGCGAACAAUAAAGCAAGCAGAAAUAUUGGAAGGGGUAACUGACAUUGACUUGGUGGUCAAUCUGAAGCUCCAAGAAGAAGCACUGCUUGCAAAAUGCCUAGGUAGAAGAAUUUGCAAUCAAUGUGGAGGAAAUUUUAAUGUUGCUUCCAUUAGUGUUAAGGGUGAGAAUGGGCGCCCUGGAAUGGUCAUGGCUCCACUUCUUCCCCCUGCACAUUGUAUGUCAAAGCUAAUUACUCGUGCAGAUGAUACUGAAGCAGUAGUCAAAGAAAGGCUUCGCAUAUAUAAUGAAAAGAGUCAACCUGUGGAGGAAUUUUACCGUAGUAGAGGCAAAUUGUUGGAGUUUGACCUGCCAGGAGGGAUCCCAGAAUCUUGGCCAAAGUUGCUGCAAGCUCUUAAUCUUGAUGAUUAUGAGGAGAAGCAAUCCGCUGCAGCAUAAGAUGUAAAAGCAUACUAUACAAAUGAGUCUUUCAUUCUUUGCAUGCAUGUAUGUAUUGCAUGCUCGACAAUUUUGCAGGAAAAAUAACCAAAGAAGGUGGACUUCUCUAUUGGUAUUAUUUUGAUAAAUAAUGAUAUCAUGAAUUGUUGGAAUCUGAUAUAACUUCUCCCCUGUUGGGAUUUUCACUAUUCUAAUUCAGUUAUAUAUGGCAAUGAUUUUGAUGCUUUCUAAUGUUGUCAGGACUCAGGAACAGUUAAUUUAUGACAGAAUUGCUGAUUGAUUAGCAUUUGGCAAUAAAUUUCAAUAAGUUUGGCACACAAUUAUUGUGUUGUAACUGACAUAUGAAAUACGAAUCAACUAAUGUUAUUGUAUUAAUUUCUUCU